AUGGACAUUAAUGCGGAGGAAGCGGUGCCGCCGGUCGAAUUUAAGUGGAAGGUAAAAAGACGGUGUGACGGCACGCGAUAUGUCGUCAAGAGGCCAGUUCGGAAUCAGGUCCUAAAAAAGCGAGAAGCCCAGCUGAACAAGGAGAGAACCGGCAUCAGCACCGACGAUGAUGCCUUUAGUGGCGUUAAGUUGGGGCACUAUUUCUGCCGGGAAGACCGGAAGAAGCAGCUGGAACACGAGCGGAUGCGGAAGAUACGGCAUGAGCAGCGAAUCAACCAGGCCAAGCUGGCCAAUACGGACAAGCUAAUUGUCGACAUGGCCUACCGUAAGAUGGCGCGACGCCAGGCUCCCCUUGACGCGUUCACCUCAACCCGAGAAUACCUCUCGCAGCGCCACGAGCAACAAGGACCCCCGCCACCAGCACCCAUUCUCGCUGUUACUACUGUA